GUCAACUUAUGAGUAUCAAUCAAAAUUUCAGUAUCAGUCCAUUUCCUUUUCCUGUACCUUGAUAGGUUUUUUUUUUUUAUUAAUGUCAUGUGAGCUGCAUCUAUGUUGGCAGGUGUCUAAUUUAACUGGCUUCUACCAGGUGUCAGGUGAAUUGCUGCACAAUCCUGAUUUAUAUUGUUAGCUCCGCUUAAUUAUUUGCAUUUGCCGUUACUUUACCCUGUGCCCCGUGACCCUUUACGAAUAGAUCUGUGACCCACCGCUUGUGUACCACAGGUCUAUUUGUCAUUUGUACUCCAACACAUAGCAGUACAUGUGACCAUAGAAUCCCUCUGUUUGCACUAAUGUAUCAUAACUAUACUCGUCUGUAUACUGCCGUCACAAAGGUUGCGGGAUGAUUGAUGUAAUUAUGUCCUGGAAUUCACAGCAGCGUGGAAUAAUUGACGCUAACAUCCUCUUUAUGUGAAUAAUACAGACAGAUGGAGGCAGCUGAGACAGAUGCAGUGUGGAUGUUUUGUUUUUUUGUUUUUCUGACAGGUAUUUCUUGAGAAGGGACUGGGGCAGACUUUGACCUCGCUGAAGAAAAAGGGCUUCCGAGUGGUCUUUGUUGGCAUUGGUCUCCCACAAGCCAACAGGGACAAGAUCUUUGAGGGCUUGACCACCGAACAGGGAUUCUACACAUCUAAGGAUUUUCUACCCUUGGUUGCAAAGGCCAUUAAAACAGCUGCCAAAACUGCAUGGGAAUGUGAACGUCCUAGGCCCAGGAGAUACAGCGUUUGACUGCGCCACCUCUGCUCUCUGCUGUGGAGCUUGACGAGUCUUUGUGGUCUUUAGAAAGCGCUUCACCAACAUUCACGCUGUUCCAGAAGAGAUGGAGGUGGCCAAAGAGGAAAAGUGUGAGUUCCUGCCCUUCCUGUCCCCUUGUGAGGUAAUCAAGAAAGAUGGGCGUGUUGUAGGCCUGCGUUUUUUGCCACACAGAGCAACAGGAUGAUGGGACCUGGGUUGUUGAUGAGAAAAAAUUGUCCACCUGAAAGUACACUUCAUCAUCAAUGCCUCUGGCUACAUGUUGAACGAUCCAGAAGUGAAGAAGGCCCUGGAAUCAGAAAAGAUGAACGGAUGGAGGACACCUGAGGUGAACAGCGAAGCCAUGCAGACCAGUGAACCCUGGGUGUUUGUCGGCGGAGACAUCGCCGGCUUGGCCAACACCACCGUGGAGUCUGUCAACGAUGGCAAACAAGCUUCCUGGCACAUACACAAGUACAUCCAGCCCCUUCAUGGUAACACAGUAAGCACCACUCCCAAACUGCCCUUGUUCCACUGCGCCAUCGAUACAGUGGACAUUAGCCUGGAGAUGUGUGGGAUUAAGUUUCCUAACCCGUUUGGGCUUGCCAGCGCCCCACCCACAACCAGCACCGCCAUGAUCCACAGAGCCUUCGAGCAGGGUUGGGGCUUUGCCCUCACCAAAACCUUUGGCCUGGACAAGAUUAUCAUUGCCAGUAUUAUGUGCGGCCACAACCAAGCUGACUGGACUGAGCUGGCAAAGAUGGCUGAGGGCCAUGAGAUUUGACUUACAUCCCCCAUCACUCUAGUACCCUGAGUUGGUGAGGAACAUCCGCCGCUGGAUCAGAAAGGCCACCACCAUCCCCUUCUUUGCCAAGCUCACACCCAACGUCACCAGCAUCGCUGACAUCACCAGAGCCUCAAAUACAGACAAACAUAUCACAGUUGACACAGAGGUUUUGAGUGAUUUUUUAGAUAUGUGGAUUUAAAAAAAAUAUAUGUUGAGUAUGAUGGGGAGGUCUUCUAAAACAGU